UAGAUUUCUUUGCUGUGCUUCUCGUCAAGAACACUGUCUUGUCUUGCAAUCAUAGAAUCAUGUUAACUAGUCCGUUUGCUCUUGUAUAGAGAAAGGAGUUGAGUAGUACUGAAGAAAGCCCACUGGUCAUAAUUCAUCAGCUGUGGCCAUCAUGUUCCAGAUUUGCCUUAUGAUCCAUUUGUUGUCACUCAUCUCUGCCCAGUCAACAUAUUCCUCAUUCAAGAAAGGUCACAACAUCACAAUCCAUUCCUCCCAGCUUGUCUGCAGUCUACCAGGGCCACAGGGGCCUGCAGGGAACCCUGGACAUCCUGGAUCACAAGGGACGAUUGGAUCCAUGGGGCCUCCAGGGAAGGAUGGCCUGGAUGGGAAAGAUGGAGAAAAGGGACAAAAGGGAGAUAGAGGUGAGCCAGGGAGACCUGGGAACCCUGGAAAGCCAGGUAUGAAAGGUCGCGAGGGGGUUAUCGGGAAAGCAGGACCUAGGGGACUGAAAGGGCCACGUGGGCCAACAGGGCUGGCCGGAAAAAAGGGACAAAAGAGUGAGAAAGGUGACAUAGGUGAGGAAGGAGCUGCAGGGCGCUGUAACUGCAAUACAGCAGCCCGCUCAGCCUUCUCUGUGGCGAUGACCAAGAGCUACCCUAAAGAACGUCUGCCCAUCCGCUUCAGCCGCAUUCUGCUGAACGAGGGAAAUCACUACAACGCCAGCAGUGGAAAGUUUGUCUGUGCCAUCCCUGGGGUCUACUUCUUUACUUAUGACAUCACCCUGUCCAACAAGCACCUGGCUAUUGGACUGGUCCACAAUGGGCAGUACAAGAUCAAGACAUUUGAUGCGAACACAGGGAAUCAUGACGUCGCAUCCGGUUCCACUGUUCUUCACCUGCAGCGUUCAGACCAGAUCUGGCUGCAGAUCUUCUACUCAGAACAGAACGGAUUGUUUUUCGACCCCUUUUGGACGGACAGUAUGUUCACUGGCUUCCUUAUCUACGCUGAUGAAGAACAUCCCAAUGAAGCUGACAAAAAAGCUAAUACUGAAGCUGAAAGUUGAUCCUUAAGUCCAGAAG